AAAUUUCAAUUUCAUCAAAAUGUAUAAAAUCAGUGGAAAUUCUAUUCAACUUGAGAACUGUUGCAAUUUCUGGUUUUUUUGGAGUUGGAACGCAGUUGAGCAUUUUUCGUAGAUAAGCAAAAGUGAGAAACAAACGUAAAUGUAGUCUCUAGAAAUUAUCAUAAUAUCCCUCGAUUCUAUCACGAUAAUUGCUCCAGAAAUCUUAGUUAAACUGUUGGUAGGAGGUGGUUCUGGUUUCUUUGCGAGACAAGAGGUGACUUCCGUGUUUUCCAACUCCCUAUUUUUAUGAAAAAACUAGCUUUGAGAAAGUGGUUGAAGUUAGCGCUUAAAGAGGAAGUUCUUUUAGACAAAUUCUAUUUGUUCUUUUCUCUUUCAAGAUUUCCGAUAGGACUCCAUUUCCCAGCUGUAAACGUUACAUCUUCUUCUGAAACAGAGUAUCUAUAUAGCUGGUUUAAGAUGAGACGUCUUAGUAGACUAAAAGUGUAAGAAUGCAAGGGUUAAUAAGUGCUUUUGGUUUUGAAUGAAACCACGAUAUUGAUGUGCACAACAUAAACCAAGUCCCAAUUCAUAUUGUUUCAAUUCCCUACAGAGAGCAUGUCCGAAAGGCCUCACAGGAGCAACGUUCAAUAUGGUGCCAAACAGGAGGCUACAUAUUGCAACUUGCAGCAAAUAGACCCUUCAACUCAGAGUUUUGAAGAAGAAUACUGGAAAUCAAAAGACUCUGUAGUAAGGGCAAGGCCCAUUCAUAGUGUGCAAGUGUCAAGGGAAAGUCUAAACACGUCGUCACCAACAUUUUUUCCAGAAGAAGAAGCUGCCCUACUAAAGCGUAGACAAACUGAAACAGAUAUAGCGAACUCUCCCAUUUUCAAGCCUAUCUUUGCUUUUACUUCGUCUGUUCUGAACAUCCUUGCGAAGCUAAAGGCUGCAAGUCGGACUGUAGACGUGAAAAGAAUAUAUAGUGAGCUCUUUUCUGUUGUUAUAAACACUGUGUCGGAUAGGAAGUACUUGGAUGUGGCGAAUGUUGUUCAUAGUCUACUAAAGUCUUCAGGCGUUGGAGAGGAACAUACGAUUGCCUUCCAGAACCUUUUCGUUAAUGCUAUUCUAUCCGUCAUAUCUCUUUUGAAUCAGCUUCCUCCUUCUGAAGUAACUAGAUACAGGAUUGCACAAACAAUCAGGGAUGUAGAUUUCGUUAGACAUCAAGGGAGUUUAUCUGGUAUUGAACCGAACCCAGAACAACCAGCUCAGGAGGCUUUGUCUCGCGUCGAAGAUACAAAUUCGAAGAAAACUAUGAGAACUCGUUCGAGCGUAAGUGGUACUCGGAAUCUCUCCAGUGGAUUUUUGGAAGACUAUGGAAAUCUUUAUGCGGAAGAAGAUCAAGACACUGCAGCAAAUUUUUCAGUUACCGGGGUCAAUAACAAUAUUGUUGAUGGUUUUACAGAAGAAUUAAACGCACUUAUUCCCUCUCUUAGUGGGCGUCUUGAAAGGAGAACCAGAGCAGCACGUUUAGUUCAAUGGGACCAGGAGUGUUUGGAGGUUAUAGCAACGGGUUUACAAAGACAGUUGACCAAUCUAAUUGAUCGUGCGAAAGAUGUUGCAGUUAAGAGGAUUCUAGAGUCAGAGAUUAUGAGCCAACUUCAGGAGAAUGAAAAGCAAGAUCCUCGUUAUGAACUGGAAGAGAUUCGCAAAGAAGAGUUACGACAAAUAGAAGCGAUAGUGGAAGCGAACAGGAGACGUAAUGAAGAGGAGGAAGACUUGAGAGAAUCGCAACAAUUGGAUUCUUCCAGUAAACGAAAGGCUUCGGAUAGUCCAUUUGAGUCGGGGGAGAAUAUCAAGAGGUCUCGUAAGAGGCAUAAUGCUCCUUCAUCGGCUUCAGAAUCUCUUCAGAAGACUAAUGAAGCAUUGAGCUCAAGUAUCCAAGGACUGCUUAAGAAACGAAGGGAACAAGCACGCUUAAGCCUCAUGAAACAAAGUGGUGAUACAAAGACUCAUAGUUUACCUUCGCAUGAAAAUAUAUCCCAAACGAAAAGAUUAUUUAAGACCGAACCUGAAAGAAGAAAUGUAACUGUUUCCAUAAGAGAUGUUAUUUUUGUUCUGGAGCGUGACGUUGUUUGCAGAAAAUCGACUUGGUUUUAUAACAAGUAUAAUUCAUUGCGAACAUUGAAUUCUUCAGAAAGAUGAAGUUACAACCAAAGAACCUCGU